AUGUCAUCAUCUUAUGACUUUGUCAUUAUCGGAGGAGGAACCGCCGGACUUGUGGUGGCUACUCGUCUUUCGGAAGUCUCGCAUUUCCGGGUUCUAGUGCUAGAGGCUGGAAAGGAUAUCAGCGGCGAUCUGCGUGUCAAAGCUCCGGCUUUGUAUACCACGUUGUUGGGGACGGAAGCCGACUGGGGUUUCCAGACCGAGCCACAGGCUGGGCUCGGGGGAAGAUGUGCCAGCGUCAACCAAGGCAGAGCCCUCGGAGGCUCCAGCGCCAUCAAUGCCCAAGUGUUUGUUCCUCCUGCAAAGGAUCUCAUCGAUGCUUGGGGGCUGCUUGGAAAUGAAGGCUGGAACUGGGACACCUUCCAGAAAUACAUCAGAAAAUCCUAUUCCAGUCCUUCUGUAGACAACGACACAGAGAAAGCACUGGGUAUUGAUGGGUGGACAACCGGAGAUGUUCCCGCAAAGGGACCUAUUCUUACUUCUUAUCCCCCAAAUCCCUCGGCGUCAAUCCAACAGGUUUGGUCUGCUACUUUUAAAAGCAAAGGCUUGCAUAUGACCAAGGAUCCCUUUGUCGAAGCCUCUGUCGGUUCCUUUAGCCAUCUGAACAGCGUUGAUCCUUCUACCAGGGAGAGGAGCUAUGUAACCACUGCUUACUAUUAUCCUGUCAAAGACCGGCAGAAUCUCGUCGUUAUAACUGGUGCUGUCGUUGAGAAGAUUUUAUUUGAUCAACAAUCUUCCCGGGGAAUCGAGGCAAAAACCGUUCGAUAUCGCCAUCACAGCGAAAUACAGACCAUUACUGCUACAAAGGAGGUCAUUCUCGCUGCAGGUGCCUUUCAAUCCCCCAAGAUUCUAGAAUUAUCUGGCAUCGGAAACUCUAAGCUGCUCGAAAAGCACGGUAUUGAAGUCAUCAAGGACCUUCCAGGGGUGGGAGAAAAUCUACAGGAUCAUCUUGUCUGUGGUAUCAGCUACAGGGCAGUCGACUCUCUCGAUACUCUUGACGCACUCGCAAGACAGGAGCCAGAGGCAGUCGGCCUAGCUAUGCAGGACUACGUGACCAACAGAUCCGGACCUCUGACCUCGACCGGGAUCGAAGCAUACGCGUAUCUACCGGUCAUAGAUCACAGUAAUGGGCCUGGCCAGAAGAGACUGCACGAUCUCAUCCGAGAGAAUCGCCCUUCUGAAGCGGACCACGCAGCCCAAGCAAUAUAUUCCCUGGCAUCGAAGACCCUUCUCGACUCGGCCGCAUCUUCAGCGGCCUACCUGGCCUUACGUGCCCAGGCAGUUCUGCCCGUCGACUUGUCCUGGUCACCGAACUCGCCCACUGGUCCCAUCCCUGGGAAGUUCAUCACUAUUGCCGUGCUCCUAUCCAAUCCGCUUUCACGCGGAUCCGUGCAUAUUCGCAGUGCAGACCCUACCGCCGCACCGCUCAUUGACCCAGCCUACCUAUCGCAUCCGCUUGAUACUGAGAUUCUGGCAGAGCACAUGCUCCAGAUCGAGAAGAUAGCCGUCUCAGAGCCACUCUCCAGCAAGUUCCUCGCUCAGCCACUGCAGCGACGUGAUCCGGCCACCGAUCUGAAGGGAGAUCUGGACCACGCAAAGAAGUACGUGAAGGCGAGCAGCAACUCCAUGUGGCAUCCAGGUGGUGCGUGCGCUAUGCUACCUUUGGAAGCCGGCGGUGUUGUUGACAGUGCCCUGCGUGUGUAUGGUGUUCAAGGCUUGCGUGUUGUCGAUGCGAGUAUGAUGCCGCUGGUUACAACAGCGAACUUACAGGCCACGGUAUAUGGAGUUGCGGAAAGGGCGGCUGAAAUGAUAAAGCAUGAAUGGCUGUCAAGUUAA